AGCACCUCUUUUUCCAGACCAACACCAGAAUAGUAUUAGGUAGUGUCUCUACAUCAGGACCCUCUGAAGGACCAGACCAUGAUGCUCUACAGAGUCCUGAGUCUCUGGAUCGUCAUCAUUCUACCUUUAUAUCUGCAAGCAGGUGACUGUACAGAGAUCAUUGGUGGACAUGAGGUCGAUGCUCACUCAAUACCCUACAUUGCCUUAUUGGAGGACUCCAAAAAUAACCUGGUCUGUGGUGGGAUGCUGAUCCAUAAGAAGUGGGUCCUGACAGCAGCUCACUGUCAGUUGCCGUGGGGUUUUUCCUGGCAGAGAGACAUCCAGAAGGUCCAUCUGGGUCUCCACUCCCUGAAAAAUGCAAGUGCUUCAAUAAAGAGUAUAAAAGUAGUGAAGAAUGUUCCACAUCCUGACUACAGUGCUAAAACUCAUCAACACGACAUCAUGCUGCUGAAGCUGGAGAAGUCAGUCAAGGAGACAAAAAAUGUCCGCAUUAAACCUCUACCCAAGCCUGUACCAGAUAUUAAGGCUGAAACAAAGUGUUUUGUGGCUGGAUGGGGAGACACUGAAGAGGGAGGAGCCCAGUCAGAUGUCCUGUUGUCUGUGAACGUCACAGUGAUCGACAGGAAAAAGUGUUCUGAAAAGUACAAAAAAUACAGGCCCAUCACCAAUGAAAUGCUUUGUGCCGGCUACAAGAAAAACGAUUCACCUGCUGAUGCUUGCCAGGGAGACUCUGGAGGUCCGUUGGUGUGUGGUGUUGAUAAGGAGCUACGAGGAGUUGUGUCCUCUGGUAAAGGAUGUGGUCGUGAGGAGUUUCCUGGGGUAUACACAUUCAUAUCUAAAUAUGAUGAGUGGAUCAAGGAGACCAUCAGAACCUCUGAGUGAGAUGUGUAAAUACAUGUAGCCCAGGCUACAUCACUUCUGCCAAUUCCAUGUUUUAACUGAUUUGUUUGACAGAAAUGCUUCAUGUUGUAGAAUGUAUUACUGUUGAUUGUUCUGAGCAUUAAAAAAUCAAUACAAAUUUAAUAAAU